CGAGUGUGAAGCCGUAAACCACACCUUGGCUGAAGACGUAGUGUCGUGAGGUGUUGUGAUACUGGAGCUGGUCUGAGCGCUGAGAGGAUGGAGGAAGCUGCUGCAGGCGGAGAGCUGAGGGGAGAGAAUGUCCCCAGCCUGCACUUUGAUGGUUCAGUGGAUUUUGCCUCAGCCUUUCAUCAGCAUUUGGCCAAGUAUGUCCCUCGUAUAUACACAAGUUAUGUGCAGCCACAAGUGGACAGGCAGGAAAGCCUGGCACAGGCCAGUAUCUUCACCCCUAUGGAGUGGUACUUGUUUGGAGAGGACCCAAAUGUCUUCAUGGAGAAGCUACGUCAGAGCGAGACACCUCCCCUGUGUGGUCAAGUUUUUAGAGGAGGGGAAACCACUUAUUCCUGCAGGGACUGUGCAAUAGAUCCCACCUGUGUUCUUUGCAUGAACUGCUUCCAGAACAGCAUUCACAAGAAUCAUCGUUACAAGAUGCAUUCUUCAAUGGGAGGGGGGUUUUGUGACUGUGGUGACACAGAAGCAUGGAAAACGGGUCCAUACUGCAAGAUUCACGAGCCAGGGGCUUCAGAUCAGGAUUCUGGAUUUCGGUUACCGGAAGAGAUCUUGGCCCAGACUAGAAAAGUGGUCCCCGUCAUCAUCAAGUAUAUUGUGGACAUGCUUAUCUGGGAGGAGGAGAAAUGUCUGCCUCCGUAUUUAAAUACAGGCCAGAAGAAGUCAAAGAAACAUUGCUGUGUGCUCUACAGUGAUGAUCACCACUCCAAUGACCACUUCAUCUACAGUCUACAGAGAUCUCUGGGAUGUGAUUUGAAAGAAUCACAGACACUAACAAGUGCAGCAGAGAGGGAGGGCCGCACAACUGUGAAAGAAGGAACUUUAGAAGAAUGUAAGGAGACUACAGAUAAACUUAAGAAACACUCUGAAAAUGUGUCUCAGCGACCUCUGAACGUUGAAGUGCUGCAUUCUCUGGUCAUGGCACAUCAGACCUUCGCCUGCAGUCUUGGAUUGUGGUUAAACAAACUCUUGGCAUACUCAAGUGACUUCCGACAGAUCUUUUGUAACGCGUGUCUGGAACCAAUCAGAAUGACCAGAGCAAGGGAAUUGUGCUAUGUCAGCUUGUUAAUUAUGUGUGAUGCCAAACUUCAUAAAGGUUUCAAGAAAGUGCUGCAUGAUCUGAUCUUCAGCAGCUUCUUUAUGGAGAUGGAGUAUAAGAAGUUGUUUGCCAUUGAGUUUGUGAAGUAUUACAAACAGGUUCAGAAAGAGUACAUGGAUGACGAUCGUGACAGGAACAUCUCAGUCACUGCAAUAUCAGUUCAGGUUUUCACUGUCCCCACCCUGGCUCGGCUGCUCAUUGAAGAACAGAAUGUAAUCAAAGUUAUCACUGAGGCCAUGUUGGAAGUUCUGCCCAAAUACCUGGAUACAGAGAGCAAGUUUAACUUUCAGGGUUACAGCCAGGACAGAUUCUGCAGAGUAUAUGCUAUCAUCUGCGACCUCAAAUAUAUUCUGAUAUGUAAACCCACAUCUUGGUCAGAGAGGCUACAAGACAAAUUUGUGGAGGGGUUUAAAUCUCUGCUUCACGUGUUAUCAUGUAUGCAGGGCAUGGAAGCUACAGGUCGGAUGAUAGGACAACACGUUGAGAUGGAUUCUGACUGGGAGACCGCCAUAGCCAUGCAGAUGCAACUGAAAAAUGUCUUGAUGUUAAUUCAGGAGUGGUGUGCCAGCAAUGAAGAAAUACUGAUCAGGACCUACAAGGACUGCCACCAUAGUGUUCUUCAGUGUAUUAAGCCUCUUCACGCCCAUCAAAAGACUUGCAUAGAGAUGUGCAGUCAUUCCUAUGAAACCUACCCAUUUAAAGUCUCCAGAGAUCCCGUCAGUAUAUAUCUGCCACUCUCCCGCAUGCUGGCAGGCUUGCAUUCACAGAUGAGUAGAACUGGUGUCAUCACAAAGCUGCAUGAGCAUAUUCCCCUUAAAGACUUCCAGGUAGAACUUCUCGUUGAGAGUCCUUUGCGGUGUCUGGUGUUAGUCGGGCAAGUGGCUGCUGAAAUGUGGAGGAGAAAUGGCCUCACCAUUAUUAGUCAGGUUUACUACUACCAGGAUGUCAAAUGCAGGGAGGAAAUGUAUGAUAAAGACAUUAUCAUGUUGCAGAUUGGUGCUUCAUACAUGGAUCCAAACAACUUCCUGUUAAUGGUACUUGAAAAAUAUGAGCUUGCAGAAGCCCUCUCAAACAUUUCGAUGCCCACCAAAGACAUGGACUUGUCAAGACAAUGGAACACACUUAUUGAGGAGAUGCUGCAUGUACUGAUCUGUAUCAUUGGUGAACGAUAUGUGCCAGGAAUUAGUGAUAUCACAAAAGAAGAAUGCAUGAUGAGAGAGAUCAUCCACCUGCUCUGCAUUGAACCAAUGGCUCACAGUGCCAUUGCCAAGGCUUUGCCAGAUACUGAAAAUACUGACAUUUGCCUGGAUACGUUAAUCAACAAAGUGGCCAAUUUUAAAAAGCCAGGAGUAUCAGGUCAUGGAGUUUAUGAACUAAAAGAGGAGUACCUUGACCAGUUCAAUGUUUUCUUCUAUCAUUACACAAAGACCCAGCGCAGUAAGGCUGAGCACACGCAGAAGAAAAGACGGAAACAAGAAAAUAGCUCUGAAGCAUUACCACCACCUCCUCCGCCAGUCUUCAGUCCAGCUUUCCACAAUGUAAGCAAGCUCCUGUGCUGUGACGUCAUGAUGCACAUUCUUCGGACCAUCCUGCAGAGGGCAGCAGAAGAGGAUCCAACAAUGUGGACUGAAGGCAUGAUACAGACGGUUCUGCAUAUUAUAGCUCUUGGACUUAUGGAAGAGAAGCGGCAUCUUCAGAAGGCUGCAGAGGAAGAAGUAACAUUUGAUUUCUAUUACAAGGCAACAAGAAUUGGCAGCUCAGAUCCAAGUGCUUCAAGUGUUGUGUCCCUUCUUGACAAGCUGAAAACGGUAACACAAUUGGAGGUUCAGAAAGACAUGGUUUGCUGGGUUUUGCAGAUGCUGGAAACUGUGAAACGGCUGUAUGAGAAGUCAGGACAAACGGCAAUUGCUUCAUCAUCUUCUGACAUGGUUAAACUGGAUGAGAUACAGAGCCCACAAGAGAAGGAAAAGAGGAAACGCAAAGCAGAGGCAGCAAGACUACACCGGAAGAAGAUCAUGGACCAGAUGACUGCUCUGCAAAAAAACUUUAUCGAAACAAACAAGCUGCUAUAUGACACCACUCAGGAAGUGCCAGGCACCUCCACUCCAACUGAAGAGUUGUAAGCUAUUCCUGAAGGCUCUAAGAUUGCCCUAGGUCCUAAUCGUGGCCCAUCUAUACCAGAAAAAGAAGCGUUGACUUGCAUCCUGUGCCAAGAGGAACAAGAAGUCAGACUGGACAAAUCCACAAUGGUAUUAACUGCCUGUGUACAGAAAUCUACCACCUUAUGCCAGAACCGAGGAACAGCAGUCAUCCACUCUGGUGAAACAUUUGAUCCACUUUUUACAAGUCUUGAGUUGUCUGCUGGAACCUUUACAGGAAGUUGUGGUCAUGUAAUGCAUGUGACCUGCUGGCAAAAGUUCUUUGAAGCCAUGCAGGCAAAUAACCGUCAGAGACUUCAUAUGGAUCUGAUCUAUGAUCUGGGAAAUGGAGAGUAUUUGUGUCCUUUGUGCAAAUGCCACUGCAACACUGUUAUUCCUAUCAUCCCCAUUGUAGCACAGCAAGUGAACAGUGCUGAUGCUGAAGCCCUGAGACAAGUAUUGUCCCUUUCAUGCUGGCUGGACGUUGUGGCAACCAGAAUAUCAGGAUGCAAUCUAAAACUCCCUAAAGGAGAUAAAUCCAUAUCACCUGAAUUCUUGAACACUGGAGAAAAUCAAAGCCAUGAGUUUCGCUCCAUUCUCAGCUUUGGGGUACAAGCUCCGCCAAAUUAUUCUGCCAGCACAAAAGAAAUGCUGGUCCACUUUGCCACCACUGUGUACCGAGUAGGCCUGAAUGUUCCACCAAAUGAAACUGACCCACGUCUGCCUAUGAUGACAUGGAAUACGUGUGCAUAUACAAUUCAGUGCCUUGAGAAUUUACUUCAAGAUGAAGACAAGUCUUUGUUUGGGUCUUUGCAGAAUCGUCAGCACUCUGGUCUCAAAGCCUUAGUGAAGUUUGCUGAGGCACAACGAGUUACAAGUGACCAGACCACAAUACAGACCCAUCUGGUGCAGUUACUGGCAGUGUUUAUGCCGAAUUUAAAGCUUGAGGGAACUCCAUCCUUUCUGUCUGUGGAUGCAUUCCAUCUUCUGGUAGGGUCAGUUUUGGCCUUCCCAUGUUUAUACUGGGAAGAAGGUGUGACUCUCCAUCCUUCAUCCCUGGUCUCUGCAUACAACCAUCUCUACCUCUUCCGUCUUAUCACUAUGACCCACAUCCUGCAAAUAAUUUUUACCUCCACUGCAGGUAAACCAUAUUAAACCACCAGGAAGGACAGUGGAGAAGGUCUUAGUGCUGCCACUUUGUGUCGUGACCUAUCGCAGCUUACCAGUGGUUGUCUAGCAGCUGAUGUUCCUGGCGGGUAUGUUUGGGACUGUGUAAAGAGAGGCAUUCUCCCUUUCCUGCGCUCUUCUGCUGUCUUCUUCUACUACCUGCUGGGAGUGACUCCACCUGAGGAGCUACAGACAUUGGGUAAGCCAUCAGCUAAGGUUCUCACUAAUAGGGUGGAAAAUCAGUUUGAGGCUUUGUGCAGCUACCUCGGUUUACCUACCAAUUUAUUUCUACUGUUUGAAGAGCACUGGGAUACUGUGAAACCACUUCUGCAGAGAUGGUUCUCCGAUCCCGCUGUUUUGAGUGUGUUUACUGGUGAAAGAACAGCACUCAGGUAUCCAAGGAAUCGCAACACUUUAACAGAACUGCCGGAAGACUACAGCUCCCUGCUGAAUCAGGCCUCCCAUUUCAGGUGUCCAAAGUCUCAGGAAGCUGAACGCAAGCACCCAGUGAUGUGCCUCCUAUGCGGGGCUGUCCUCUGCUCUCAGAACACUUGCUGUCAGGAGGUGGUAAAUGGCGAGGAGCUGGGCGCUUGUACGACACAUGCACUACAUUGCGGAGCUGGAAUCUGUAUUUUCCUCAAGAUACGAGAAUGUAAAGUGGUUCUUAUUGAGGGGAAAACCAGGGGCUGUAUAUACCCUGCUCCAUAUCUGGAUGAAUAUGGGGAAACAGACCCUGGUUUAAAACGAGGAAAUCCCUUGCGGCUCUCCCACGAACGAUAUCGUAAGCUGCAUCUGUUAUGGCAGCAACACUGUAUCAUUGAGGAAAUUGCCCGCAGCUUGGAAAUAAGCCAGAUGUUUUUUGGCUUCAACUGGAGCCUGCUUUAGACAUUAGGAGGGUAGACAAGGGACAAGCUUUAAGUUAUACCCGCCCUGGCACCCUAAUGACUGCACUAUAGGUGGACAGAUAUUUUAUUACCAGCAUAUUCUCCAGCUGACACAUAGGUGGAUAAUGUGUUAUUUAUAAAUGAAUCUGUCCACUUUAUUCA